AUGGCGGAGCCAGAAUCACAACCACAAUCACAACCACAACCCUUUCCCACCCGGCUCUCCCUCACCUCCCACGACACCGCCCUGGCGCUGCUCCCGCCCGCCCCGUUCCGCCCCAGCCUCGACCGCCUCCGCGCGCUCUACGACAAGGCCUACCGCAGAUGGCCGCCCCACGUGAACCUGGUGUACCCCUUCGUGCGGCCCGACGCGCUGCCGGAGGCGGGCGUGGGGCCGGAGCCGGUGGAGCUGUGCUUGAACGAGGUGGGCGUGUUUCGGCAUCGCAGGUAUAAUACCAUCUACUUGUGCGACAAGGAUGCUUGGCGGAGGGAAAGGCUGGCGCGGUUCAGGUGGGCGGUGGUGCGCGCUCUCGGGGGGGCGGAGGAGGUGGGGGAUCAAGAGGCCAGGGGGUAUACGAUGCAUCUGACUGUGGCGCAGAGCGAGGACGUGAGCUCGGCCGCGCACAGGUUUUUGGUGGAGAAGGUCGGCUUGCUGCCGGCCGUGAGGUGGACGGCCGCUGAGCUGGCCGUGCUGGUGAGGGAGCGGCUGGGGGACGGCCAGAGCGUGAUGCGUCUGUGGGGGACGAUUUCGCUUGACGACGGCAGGGUGGAGAGGUUGAGCCGGCCGGGCGCGUUCUACGAGGAGGGAGCGGCCGGGCCUGAGGACGCGCUCCACAGCGGCCUGCCGUAUUGCUUCGACGACGAGACGCUGCGGUGGGUGCCGUUUGAUCCGGAGGAGGUGGAGGAUGCGGACGACACCGAUGAGCGGACUACGCUGGCCGUGGCAAGCUAUAAUGUCCUCGCCGAGUUCGAGUGGCCGCCUUCGGAGACGCGGUAUCCCCUGCUGGUGAAGAAUAUCCUCGCCGACGAUGCAGCUGCGGACGUAUUGGUGCUGCAAGAAGUCACCGACGGAUUCCUCUCGUACCUCCUCGCUGAUGAAGGCAUCCGCGAUGCCUACCCUUAUUGCUCACACGGCCCGCCGGAUCAGGACGACAUCGAGCCGCUGCCGAGCUACCUCAACAUUGUCGUGCUGAGCAAGAUGGCCUUCGACUGGGAGUUUGUUUCAUUUCACAGGAAGCACAAGGGCGCUGUCGUGGCCCGGUUCAAGGAGCUCGGCCGGCCAGUGGACAGCAAGUUCCUUCCUGUCGUCCUUGCAGCUGUUCACCUCAGCCACGGCCUUACUGACGGUGCUGUCGCCGCCAAGAAGACCGAUAUCAAACGGAUUAUCGGGUAUCUGGCCGAGACGUACCCCGGACACUGCUGCAUUCUGGCCGGAGACUUCAACGUGACGACUUCGUCGGCCUCGAUUGAUGCGGCACUUAAGAAGAAGGCCAUCUCGGAUGUGACAGCUAGCCACCUGCGCGCAAUUGACCAGCUGUUCGUUGAGGCGAAGUUAGACGAUGCCUGGAAGGCGUCGCUGAGGAACAGGGGCGAGUCCGACGCUGCCGGCGACGAGUUCCAAGGAGAACAGGGCGCCACCUGGGACCCCACGGCGAACGCGACUGCGGCCGCCACGGCCGGCACCGGCGGCAACAUGCGACCGCAGCGGUACGACCGGAUUUUGGUCCGCGGAGAAGACCUCCUCGAGCCUGUCUCGUUCAACAUGUUCGGCUUCCCGACUGAGAAAGUCGGGGGCGCCGAAAUGGAGACGCCUGCCAGUGACCACUGGGGAAUCAGGUGCACCCUGAAUGUUGUGGCGCCUGGGGCCAAGGCCGACGAACCAUCAGAGGAAAUCGCCAGCCUCGUAGUUCCCGUCCAUUUGCACAAGGCCCCGGAACACCUGGCUCGGCCAGGCAGCGUGAAGGAGGCUCUAGUGGAACUCGGCGCCAUCCCCAGCGCGGAGGAGACUGCCCAGCGCGAGGCGGCGCUUGACCUUCUGAAGAGCGUCCUGCUCGACACGCCGGCAGCCAAGUCAGCAGGGACCAAGUCCUCGCUGUCCCCCGUCGUCGUGGUCCCCGUUGGAUCUUACGCGCUCGACGUCUGGACAUCCUCCUCGGACAUUGACGUCCUGUGCAUCGGCCCCUUCAGCACCCACAACUUCUUCGCCCUCGCCUCGCAGCGUCUCCGCAAAGCUGCCGGUCAGGGCAUCAGGAUCCUGCGACGGGUCCGCGCAAACACCGGUACCAUGCUUGAGAUCGAGGUCGACGGCAUCAAGAUGGACCUGCAGUACUGCCCAGCGACCUCCGUCGCCGAGCGGUGGCCGCACGUCCUGCAGACGCCAGCCUCCGACCCGGUCUGGUCGCUCUCGGCACAGACCCUAUCCAAGCUCAAAGCGGUCCGCGACGUGGACUACAUCCGCCGCUCGGUGCCCGACCUGGCCGCCUUCCGCCUCGCGCACCGCUUCAUCAAGACCUGGGCCAAGUCGCGCGGCAUCUACUCGGCCCGCUUCGGAUUCCUGAGCGGCAUCCAAAUCUCCAUCCUGCUCGCGCGCGUGCAGAAGCUCCUCGCGCGCGAGUCGGGCCCCUGCUCCGUCGAAGACCUGCUCGCCACCUUCUUCACCCACUACGCCGCCUUCGACUGGUCCGCCCGGCCGGCCUUCGACCCGCUCUUCCACCGCCACCGGCUGCCAUACACCCGCACUCCGCGCGAGCCGCUCGCCGUCCUGGGCUACUUCCCGCCGAGCCUCAACACGGCGGCCGCGGCGUCCGUGCCGUCCGUCAAGACGCUCGCCGCCGAGUUUCGCCGCGCCGGCGCCGCCUUCCUCUCUUCUUCAUCAUCAUCAUCAUCUUCUUCUUCUUCCGAUCCUCAUCCUGCCCGGUCGUGGUCAUCCCUCGCGGCGCCCAGCGCCGCGUCGGACUUCCUGGCCGCGCACCGCUCCUACGUCCGGCUGGACGUGCAGUACUGGGGCCUGCCGCGCGCCCGCGGCGCCCAGCUGCUCGGCUGGCUCGAGUCGCGGUGCGCCGCGCUGCUGGUCGACCUGCACCGGCGCGCGCCGGGCCUGCACGCGCGCAUGUGGCCGGGCCGGUUCGUCGAGGAGGAGGAGGAGGAGGAGAGGGAUUUCAGGGGGUGCUAUCUCAUUGGGUUGGACAAGGCAGAUGCGGAUAUGGGCAAGGAGCAGCUGAAAAGCGCGCUCGGGGCGCUGCAGACGGUGCUGGCGCGGUUUGAGGCGCAGAUGCGUGCGGACGAGAAGUACUUUGACCCGCGGAACUGCUGGUUUGGCGCGGCGGUGGUGAAUAAGACGGAUCUGGGCGAGCUCGAGCUGGACCAGCGCGAGUUGGGAGGGGAGUACACUCCCGGCGAGGAGGAGGAGGACGACGAGGAGGAAGAGGAGGACGAGGAGGCCCGGGGCGAGGCGGACGCCCCGUCUGGGCCGGACACCGAGCAGGAGGAAGGCGCCGGGAAGAAGAACAGGAAGGGGAAGCGAGCCACCGCGAGGAGACGGAUCGCCGUCGUUGAUCUCCGCGCGGACAAGACCAAAAAGUUCCGCACGGCGGCCGAUGUCAUGAACCGGAUCCGGUGGGAUCCGCAGCUCGACAGCAGCGACUAUGUAGUCGGGUACGAAGACCGCUUCACGGGCGCGCAGGAGAAGGCGCUGGAGGCCUGGAAGAGCGAGCAGACGGACGAGGAGUUCAUCCCGCAGCAUCGGAUUCUGUACUUCAAGCGCAAGAGCGACGGGAGGAAGGUGUGGGAUCGAAGGACGAGGUGGGAUGAACUGUUCGGGAACGGAGCUUGA